UUCGGCCUUUCCCUCGAAAGAGACUUAUCGACCCAUCACGCCACCGCGCACAACCAGACGCCGCCUGCUCUUUCAUUCCAUGGCGUUUCUCAUCAACCGUACGAUAAUUUUGUGUCUUCUACUCCACCAUCCCCAUCAAACAAGCCCCAAUGUUUGUUACUGCGAUUACUACUGCUGCUGCUGCCGCCCUCCUCAAUCAUUCGCUCCGAUUCCGCAUCCAUGGCGUCCGCCACCGACGACGACGACUUCCCCGAGUACAACCCCCACCCGUAUCGCGGCGGCUACGACAUCGCCCUCACCUACGGCGACCCCCUCCCGCCUUCCUCCGCCAUCUGCUACCCUAUCUCCACCUCGCCUGUUUCCCCGCCCUCUCCUCCUCCCUCUCCUCCUCGCCCCUCGUACCUUGGAGGAUUCCCCGAUCCCCACCCCGCGGGACCCUUCCCCUCCCCCGACCUCUUCCGGAGCUGGCCCUUCACCGACUGGGACAACCGCCAGGCCUACGCCGUCCCCGAGGGCGGCGACGGCUGGAACGGGUGGAGGCGCGCGCUGGAUUACCUCUUCGGUCACGCAGAAGGGUACGGGGAGAGGAGGAUCGGAGUCGAUAGCUAUGGGAUCCCUAUCUACGCCAACAAGAAGCUCCAUGGCGCAGAGUCCGUUCUGGUUGAGGUCCCACCGGCGCCUGUUGAGAGGGUGGAGUAUCACGAUACCCGCCCUGAGGAUCACCACCAUUGGUCAUCAUGCUACAGUGGUACAGCAGAGAAGCAUGGGUAUGGAAAUCCUGUUCUUGCCUAUGAUAGGCACUACGCCGAGAAGGCCCUUCAUGUGGAGAUUGAUCCCAAUGAUUCCGUGUGGCAUCAGAAAGUGAACUAUCAUGAGGGUUAUCAAGUUCAAUCACAUCAUCGCUCGCAAUUUAACGACAGUGAUUAUGUUGGUGCAUUCUUUGGAAGCCCUUCCAUUGCUUACAAUAGGCACCACUAUGAGCAGCCACUGCAUCUUCAAGUCGAGCCAAUCGAAACAGAUUGGUAUCAGAAGUCGAGUUACUCUGAGGCUUAUCAGGAGUCAGCAUUCCCAAAGUCCGAGUGGAGUUCCUCGCACAAUGAUACUCAAAGGGAAGCAGGCGAUUUCUUUCACAGUUCAGGCUCUACCUAUAAGAGGUACUCCUGGGAACAACCUGAUUAUGUUGAGCUCCGCCCUUAUGAGCCCUCGUGGUCUUAUAAUCAAGGUCACUACGAUGGCAACGAGGAAGAAACUCCAAAAUGGAAUUGGCAGUAUUCAUCCGUUGGCGGUCAAGGUGAAAAUUUUACCAAUUCAGAAGAUACUUACUACUACACUCAACAAGAGUAUUACGAGCAAGCAGAACCUAUUCAGGUUGAACCCUACAAGUCAUCCUGGUCACAAUAUUCAAGUUACUAUGAAGCACAGAAUGAACAGGUUUCUCAAAUAGAUGAGCUAGAGGGUGAUUCUCCGUACUAUCCAUUCCAUAAGUUGUUCGACUACAGCUGAUAAUGUGAAACGAUGUUGGCCAUCAGCCAUCGCUUGAUUAAAUCUAAAUGUAUAGCAUGAAGGAAGAUAUUUGCUAAAUAUACUUUGAGAUCUGCAUAAUUAAUUGAUUGCAAAAAUAAAUUAUAUGCUCUUUUCGUUUA